CAGCUACGUGGGAUUUAAAUCACUUCGCUUUUUCCCGUCACUGUAGCACGCGCCCUUCAUCCCGAGGAGUCCCCUGACCAGGCGCCGCGGACCUGCGGCCCAGUUCUCGCGAGAAGCUGACUAUAUCGCGGUCUUUCCUUGUUUCCAGAAUCCUUUGCGCGAGGCGGAAAAGUCUUCCUCGUAGCUCCUGGUGAUGCCGCGGGCUGACGGCGGCUUCCUCGCUCGGUCUCUCCGUGGCUGUUUGUCCGAGGACGAUGGCAGCCCCCGAGCAGCCGCUGCCGUUAUCGAGGGGAUGCCCGAGCGCCACUUCGCUCUCGUCGCCUCGGGGUGACCGAACCCUUCUGGUGAGGCACCUGCCGGCCGAGCUGACCGCCGAGGAGAAGGAGGACUUGCUGAAGUACUUCGGGGCGCAGUCGGUGCGCGUCCUGUCGGACAAGGGGCGCCUGAAACAUACAGCUUUUGCUACUUUUCCUAAUGAAAAAGCAGCUAUAAAGGCAUUAACAAGACUCCAUCAGCUGAAACUUUUAGGUCAUACUUUAGUUGUUGAAUUUGCAAAAGAGCAAGAUCGAGUACAUUCUCCAUGUCCCACAUUAGGCUCUGAAAAAAAGAAAAGGUCUGAUGACCCUGUUGAAGAGGAUAAAGAAAAGAAAGAAGUUGGCUGUUUAACAAUAGAAAAUGGAAUUGCACCAAACCAUGGGCUGACUUUUCCUCUUAAUUCAUGCCUCAAGUAUAUGUACCCACCACCUUCCAGCACAAUCCUAGCAAACAUAGUAAAUGCUUUGGCAAGUGUGCCUAAGUUUUAUGUUCAGGUGCUUCAUCUUAUGAAUAAAAUGAAUUUGCCCACACCUUUUGGACCAAUCACUGCACGACCUCCCAUGUAUGAAGACUAUAUGCUAUUGCAUGCACCUCUUCCACCCACAUCUAAGCCACCUGAGGAACCUCCUUUGCCAGAUGAGGAUGAGGAGUUAUCUAGUAAAGAAUCAGAAUAUGAAAGCAGUGACGAUGAGGACCGACAGAGAAUGAACAAACUAAUGGAACUAGCAAAUCUUCAGCCCAAAAGACCAAAAACAGUAAAGCAACGCCAUGUGAGAAAAAAGCAAAAGAUAAAGGAUAUGUUGAAUACACCUUCAUCUGCUUCACACAGCAACUUACAUCCAGUGCUGUUACCUUCGGAUGUAUUUGACCAAGCACAACCUGUAGGUAAUAAAAGAAUUGAAUUCCAUAUAUCUACUGACAUGCCAGCUGCAUUUAAGAAAGAUUUAAAAAAGGAACAGAAUUGUGAGGAAAAAAAUUAUGAUUUGCCUGCUACUGAAGUUGAUGCACCCAAUAUGGGAUUUGGAAAAAUCUUCCCCAAACCUAACUUGAACGUCACAGAGGAGAUUAAAGAAGACUCUGAUGAAAUGCCAUCAGAAUGCAUUUCUAGAAGAGAGUUGGAAAAGGGCAGAAUUUCUAGAGAAGAAAUGGAAACACUUUCAGUGUUCAGAAGUUAUGAACCUGGUGAACCGAACUGUAGAAUUUAUGUAAAGAAUUUAGCUAAACAUGUCCAAGAAAAGGACCUUAAAUUUAUUUUUGGAAGAUAUGUUGACUUUUCAUCAGAAACACAACGGAUCAUGUUUGAUAUACGCUUGAUGAAAGAAGGUCGCAUGAAGGGACAAGCUUUCAUUGGACUUCCAAAUGAAAAAGCAGCAGCAAAAGCCUUAAAGGAAGCUAAUGGAUAUGUUCUCUUUGGAAAACCCAUGGUGGUUCAAUUUGCUCGAUCUGCUAGACCAAAACAAGAUUCUAAAGAUGGAAAAAGAAAGUAUUAAAAAUUAAUAAAGAAGCAUUCCUGCGUAAAUACUGCUGUAAUACUGUCAUGCAAAGUGUAUCCUUUCUUGUCGUAUCCUUUUUGGGGCAGCGUUUUUUGUUUUUUGUUUUUUUUUUCCUAGAAAUGUUUGUCCCUCUCCCACCUAUUGAUUCAGAUUAAACUAUACUUUUUUAUACUUUAUUCAGAUGAAAUAUUUCUAAAUUUAUUUGUGUAGGUUGAACAAAUCUUUUAUGUGCUUUUUAGAUUUGUUGUUGAAAUUUUUAUACUGUCCUUUAGGUUAUAUAAUUUUUCUCGAGAAAGUUAGUGAAUCAGGUCAACUUACUUGAAGAAUGUGUGCAUUUGCUUUAACUCAGAAUGUGGUCUUGUUUCUUCUAUUUGUGUAUUUCUUAAACCUAAUUCAGUAAUAUAGGCUUUCUGUUUUAUGGUACAUCUGGUUUAGGUGUUCUAUAUGAUGUGUUGUUAAAUUUGAUUGGGGAAGGGAAUUUUUUUCUUUUAAAAAGUCCAUAUAGUGAAAAUUAAAAUAGCUAGAUUUCUAUGUAAAUUCUAAAUGAGAAUAGCAGACCUCACAUCUGAGAUCUUAUUACUGAACUCUCUUUUGGCGUAGAUAGCAAGUAUAAGUAUCUUUGUUCUUUCCUUUUCUUUUUCUAAACAAAUAAACAAAGAAGAAUAAGAAAAGAAUAACAGGGGAGAAGAUAUAAGUUGACUCGGGGUAGCACAUUAAGUGAAAAGAAAAACAAUCCUGGUAGAUCAUAAGAACAGUGAUCUCCAGACUGGUGGAUGACCAGACUGACCCAGAAUAGUGGUUCUAAAUCUUGGCUGCACGUUGGAAUAAUCUGGAAACUUUUAAAAACAUACUGCUUUAAAAAAAAAAAAAAAUCUUAAAGAAUAUACUGAUGCCUGGUUCUCUCCCUCAUAGUUUUGAUUUAAUUGGUUUGGAGUACAGCAUGGAUGCUGGAAUUUUUCAAACCUCUCAGUGUGAUUGUAAUGUGCAGGCAAGGUUGAGAACCACCAAGGAAGAGUUUUUAUGCAUAAAGAUUCCUAGAUUCUAUCCUGGAACUAAUAUAUCAAAAUCUCUGGGAAUGAUAUCUAAGGAUCUGAUUUGAAAAAGUAUCCAAAUUUCCUUAGUAAUUUCUAAGGAUUGACUAGUUUACAUACUACUUUUUUUGAGUAAAAUGGUUAGACACCUCGUACCAACCUACCCAUCCUACCUUUUAUAAGUAGGAAAAUAAAGGGUUGGAGCCUCUACAUUUCUUUGGUGAAAAUUAUUAAUACUAUUAAAAUAACUCAAAAUUUUGUAAAUUAUCAUUAUCACCGUAAAAGUACAAAAGACUAUAUAGAUAUUGAAAUUGCAAUUGUUAUUUUUCUAUAGGUAUAGUUAACAUUUUUUUAAUGUUAUGAAUAAGUUUCUGUAUAAGUUCAUUUAGGUAAUUUAAUUUUGUUGUACUGACAUGAUUCACUAAUUUUCCUAAUAUCAAUGUUUUAGUUAUUUUUAAAUAAGCUGUUUUAUAAUUAUGAUUAUUUUAAUGGACUUCUAUGGUGUUUUAGGUUCCUUUUGAAUUCCAUGUCUUUCAAGUGCUUUCCAACUUUGAGGGGAAGAAUUUGACCACCUGGACUAUGGAACUGUGCGUCACAGCUUUGAAAGUGUAUUUAAAAAUGCAGUCUAUAUGCAUUUAAAUCAGUUUAUUGGAACUAUAUUGCCUGUAUUUUAAUGACCUUCCUCAAAUAUAAUAAACUAUUUUCUUCCAGUA